AUGUUCGAAGGGCGUCAUGUCGCUGAUCGCUAUCACUUGCGUCUGCACCGAGCGAGGUCUGUCAUCCUGACUCCGGCCGAGAUGGUGGAGAUCAGAGCUGCCCAGAGAACAUUCGAAGGAGCCUACAUCCGCACUGCUAUCGGACAGUUCUCAUUCGCCCUCAUCGUGCUCAAGAUCUUUACAGCCGAGUUCUACUCAAUCGGCGCACUGUUCGCGGUGUACGGAGCCGGUGUCCUCUUCAUCAGUCUGUUCAGACGGCAGCAAGGUAACAAGCAAUUCUUCUCUGAACUGGGCGAGGACGGUCUCCAUAGGAAGAAGUUCAGGACGAGCGGCAACGUGGUGAGCGUACUAACGACACUGAGUAUCUCGGCGUACAUCUGCUUGCUGGUGCUCACGUUGCGCCUCGAGACCUGA